AUGAAGUUCGGACUUGUUCUCCUUGCUGCUGUGACUUCAGUCACAGCACACGCUACAUGGCAAGAGCUUUGGGUCGGGACUGAGGACAAAGCAGGGACCUGUGUGCGGACCGUCAAAGACAACUCUCCUAUCGUUAGCGUUACCGAUGCCACAAUGGCUUGCGGCCGAAGCCCUGCGGCCUCUUCUGGAAUUUGCGAAGUCAAAGCUGGGUCCCCUCUCACAGUCGAGAUGCAUCAGCAGCCAGGAGAUCGAUCGUGCAGCAAUCAAGCCCUCGGAGGAAACCACUAUGGCCCUGUGAUGGUGUAUAUGGCCAAGGUCAGCGACGCGAAGACAGCCGACGGCUCACAGGCAAGCUUCUUCAAGGUUGCCGAGGAUGGGUACACCGGGACGACUGCAUCGUGGGGAACAGAGAUUCUCAACGCGAACUGUGGCAAAAGGGCUUUCACUGUCCCCGCCAGUAUCGCGCCAGGAAAUUAUCUGGUCCGUGCUGAGGCCAUCGCCCUUCAUGCCGGCGCCGGACAACCCCAGCCCUACGUUUCGUGCUUUCAAAUAAAUGUCACUGGUGGCGGUUCCACCAACCCUGCUGGCGUCAAGUUCCCAGGGGCAUACAAGACCAGCGAUGCGUUGUUCUCGACCUCGAUUUACGACUCUAACUUUAAGUACACCAGCGUGGGACCCGCUGUGUACACUGGUUGA